UGGUACGUAGCAAAGUCUACGAGGACUUGCAUGAACGAUUCAACCUACGAGAAUGGAAGAAAAUUCCCGAAAAUUUACCCUAACUUUCUCGGAAUCCAAACAGCGAUUCAGUGAUUCCACCUCCAUGACUCUUGACCAGGAAAGGAAAGUCUUAUGUUCUUUAACUUUGAAUAUUAUUCAUUUUCAAUAUUUCCUUUCGUUUUGCAUUUCACGAAUCCCACUAUGCUUCCAAGUCGAUGUGUAUUGAAYGAAUCUGAGAUUGGAUUUGGAAAUUGGUAAACCUGAGGACUCAGACAGAUUCGUGUUAACUGCAAGCCAUACUUUAUACUAUAAUGGGGAAGAGAUAAUUAAAGAGGUUCUAAAGAAAGAAUUUAGGGAUUAAAAUUAAAAAUUUGAGUUGGGAUUUUAAACCCAUUUGCUCUGUUACCAUAUUUUCUAAGUUCUCCAUGUUCRUUGAGUUUCUGAUUUUGAGUUCAACCAAUGUGGGGUGGGAGUCGGUUGUUUGGGGAGAUUGGAAGGAAAUGAAUUGCACAAAUAGCUAGGGAAUGGAUGUCUCUGAUAUAUGCUUGUGUUCAUAAAGGAUUUGGAAAUUUCUGGAAUGCUUAAUUACAGUCUGAAUACUUGUAAUGAUAAUCUAAAGCUGCUAUGAAAUAAUCACUAUCUUCCAUGCAUGGUGGUGAGAACUUAAAGUUGGUUGUCAAUAAUCUCUCAAUCAUUCUUCUUGACAGAGUCAAACCUCUCAGAGGCCUAAAAUCUUCAAAUGUUUAUGCCGUCAAAAUCUUAUUUCGGUGUCAUUCUAGAUACGUGUGAGAAAAGAAAUGACUUUUCUUAGUUGGAAAGAGAAGUAAAAAGAAAAUGAUAGGGGUUGAUUACUAUAUAUAUGUAUUGAAGAGGAGAGAGCAAAGCCUUUGGCAUGUGCCUCUCAUUCUCAGAAAAGAUGGGAAAGCUUCCCUUUCUGUUUGCUUUCUUUUUUGCUCUAGUAGUUUCUGGAAAGCAUGAAACCGAAAGAAGCACGAGGUCAACAAUGGGGCAUAGUGGAAAGGGCAGAAUAGGGGCCAUGGUAGAUAAGAGUUCCAGGAUUGGCAAGGAAGAGAUUUUAGCUAUGCAGAUGGCAAUAGACGACAUUAACUCCAUCAGCAAUCGAAGUUUCAGUCUUGUCAUUAGAGACUUCAAAAGUGAUCCCAAUCAGGCAGCUCUUGCAGCUAAGGAUCUCAUCAGCAUUCAACAAGUUGAGGUUCUUAUAGGACCACAAACCUGGGAAGCGGCAUCUGUAGUUGCUGGGGUUGGAAGCGAGAAUCAAAUUCCAGUUCUGGCGUUAGCUAAUGAAAUACCAAAGUGGGCAAAUGAGAGGUUCAAAUUUUUGGUCCAAGCUUCUCCCUCCCAGCUUAAUCAAAUGAAGGCCAUAGCUGCUAUUAUAGGUUCGUGGAAUUGGCAUCUGGUCAAUGUUAUAUAUGAAGAUAGAGAUUCAUCGACCAGUGGAAUUUUUCCUCACCUUGUGCAUGCGCUCAAAGAUGUAGGGGCUGAAAUAAGUGAAUUUGUUGGUCUCCCACAUUUUGACUCUGAUUCAUUGUCCGAAGAACUAGAGAGGCUAAGAAGAGGGUCAAGUAGAAUUUUUGUAGUUCAUAUGUCUUUAAAUUUGUCUCUGCAUCUAUUUGAGAUAGCAAAGGAAUUGGGAAUGAUGGGAAAGGACUAUGUUUGGAUCACUACUGAUUCUUUCACAAACCUUGCACAUUCUUUCAAUGUUUCCAUCAACUCUUUACUACAAGGAGUCGUUGGAGUGAAGAGCUACUUCCCAAAUAAUCCUCGGUUUCAUGAUUUUUAUCGGCAGUUCUCUGGAAGGUUUAGAUCAGAGUAUUCUGAUGAGGACAACCAUGAGCCUAGUAUUUUUGCGGUACAGGCUUAUGAUGCUGCAAAAACAGCAGCUAUGGCAAUGAGUGAAACCCAAGAAAGGAGUAAUCACUUGUUGGAAAAAAUCAAGCUCACUGAUUUUCAAGGACUGAGUGGAAAGAUUCAGUUUAAGGACAGAAGACUAACCCCAGCCGAUAUUUUUCAGAUCAUUAAUGUGAUGGGGAGGAGUUAUAGGGAACUGGGCUUUUGGUCUGAAAAAUUAGGCUUCUCACAGUCACGGGUGUUGGGGCAAAUUUCGUCUGCUAGCUUGUUGGUGAAGAAUCUUGGCCCAGUGUUUUGGCCAGGUGGAUCUACGGCUACUCCAAGAGGAUGGGCCAUACCAACAGAUUCCAACUCAUUGAGAAUUGGCGUGCCAACUAAUUGCAUGUUCAAACAGUAUGUAAAUGUGGAAGGAGAUCRGACAGGAAACAAUUUAUCCUUCACUGGACUUGCAAUAGAUCUGUUUACAGCAACCUUAGAUGAUCUGCAUUUCCAUCUGCCGCACAAAUUCUAUGCUUUCAAUGGAACGUAUGAUGAUUUAGUAAAGGAAAUCUACUUGAAGAAAUAYGAUGCAGCAGUCGGUGACAUAGCAAUAAUAACACGACGCUAUGAACACGCAGAAUUUACACAUCCCUAUUCUGAAGCAGGACUAGUGAUGAUAGUUCCUACCAGAAAAGACACAAGUAAUAAAGCAUUGUUGUUCACAAAGCCCUUUACUGUGACCAUGUGGAUUUCAGUUGCUGUGGUAACUGUCUACAAUGGCUUUGUUGUCUGGUUCAUCGAACGAAAUCACUGUCCCGAACAUGAAGGGUCGAUGUUUAAUCAAGCUGGAACCUUAGUUUGCCUAUCCUUCACCACUCUCUUCUCCUUAAAUGGUAAUAGGCUGCACAGUAACUUGUCGCGGAUUACUAUGGUGGCUUGGCUAUUUAUGGCACUUGUGGUAACCCAGACRUACACAGCCAAUCUUGCCAGCAUGCUCACCAUUCAAAAGCUUGAACCAACCGUAUGGAAUAUCGAGACCCUCCAAAGAGCAAAUGCAUUUGUUGGAUAUGCCAAAGGAUCCUUUGUUAAAAGAUAUUUGGAGGAAGUUUUAGACUUCCGUUCUGAAAACAUAAAAGAAUGCUCUACCCCAGAUGGGUUAAUUGAAGCUCUCAGAAACCAGAAGAUAGCAGCUGCUUUUCUUGAAGUUCCUUUUGCAAAACUACUCCUUGCAAGAUUUUGCAAGGAGUUUAUGAUUUCUUGGCCAGCCUACAAAGUCGGAGGAUUUGGAUUUGCAUUCCCGAGGGGCUCGCCGCUGUUACCGCAUGUUAACGAAGCAUUGCUUAAGGUAUCUGAAACUGGGAAGUUUAGACAGUUGGAGGACGGCAUGAUUGCUAAUGAGAAAUGUGUGGAUGGGGAAGUAAAAGAUGAAAGUUCAAGUCUCGGCCCCAACAGCUUCUUUUUACUAUUUGUAAUAAGUGGAGGAGUUUCAACAAUCGCACUCACAUUGUACAUUAUUAAUGCUCAUAAAUCUUGUCUUCAGCAAAACGCUAUUUGGAGAUUAAUGUUGGUUGUAAUGAAAMACUGGAGAAAUCACAGGAGGGGACUUUCUCGGCGGGUCAGCGACGUGCCACAAACCGUCCCUAACAACUCUCAAAAUGCUACGAACUUGCAAAUUCAGGUCUAGAAAACUGUACGGAAGUUCCAUGCCAUUGACAUAUUAGAGGGAAAAAAAUGUGCUUGAUGUAGUUCAGAGUGUUUAGAUGAGGUAGCUUCAGUUGGAAGUAUGGAAACUAGAUGAUUUGUAAACUAACACRGUUAUCGAAAGUCUUUGACAGAUAUGUAGAAAUUAAUAGUUUAACUCAAAAAACUCUUUUUGUU